AAGUUAACCGCGAGCGAAAAACGAAGAAAGGGAAUAUUCCCGCUCUAUUCCUCAGAAAUCAGGUUCUAUACAAACCCCAUUCCCACGCUAAGCUCUCCAUUUGAAAACAAAAUGUGGUCAGAAGAAACACCUUCCCUCAACAACCAACAAUACCAACUCCUCCAAGAACUCGGCCGUGGCCGUUUCGGCACCGUCUUCCGCUGCCUCCACCGCGCCUCCAACCGCCUCCACGCCGCCAAGCUCAUCCACAAACGCCACCUCACCGACUCCACCGACCGCCGCUGCCUCCAAGUUGAACCCAAAGCCAUGACCUUCCUCUCUCCGCACCCCAACAUUCUCCAAAUCAUCGACACCUUCGAAGACGCCGACACCACCACCCUCGUCCUCGAGCUCUGCCAGCGCCGCACCCUCUUCGACCGCCUCUCCGACGACGGCGCCCUCCCGGAGCCCCACGCCGCCUCCCUCGCCAAGCAGCUCCUCGAGGCCCUGGCCCACUGCCACGCGUUGGGCCUGGCCCACAGGGACAUAAAGCCCGACAACCUCCUUUUCGACGACGCCAACAACCUCAAACUCUCGGACUUCGGGUCCGCGGAGUGGUUCGGUGAGGGCGUGACCAUGAGCGGUGUGGUGGGCACGCCCUAUUACGUGGCACCCGAAGUGAUCAUGGGGAGAGAGUACGAUGAGAAAGUGGAUGUUUGGAGCAGUGGGGUUAUUGUUUACACCAUGUUGUCUGGGAUUCCACCCUUUUAUGGAGAGUCUGUGAGUGAGAUUUUUGAGGCUGUUUUAAGGGCCAAUCUUAGGUUUCCCACCACAAUUUUUAGGACUGUCUCUGCCCCUGCUAAGGACCUCCUUAGGAAGAUGAUUUGUAGGGAUCCCUCUAGGCGCAUUUCCGCGCAACAGGCAUUGAGACACCCGUGGAUUGUGAGUGGGGGUGUGACGAGUGGUCAUCUAUCUUGAUCUUGAAUUGAAGAUUGAAGAUGAAGCAACUAUGUCCAAUUUUGUACAUUAUUACAGUAGCCUAGCUUUACGAUUAGGUUCUUGUUAUUUUUUUUAACGGAGCCUUUUUCUCUGAUGUACACAGGUUUAGUUUAAAGAGUUUCAGUUUGGGUAGCUAGGUUUAGCAAAUAACCUGUUUCUUUUGCUUCUUUCAGGAAUCAGGAUCUAACUAUAAAAUAUCAGUGUCAAAUAUCUAUUAAUUUUAUCUCAUUCUGUUUA